AUGCACCGGCCGGGCUUUCGGCCCCCUACCCCGCCGUACCCUGGCCCCGGUGCGGGCGGCUGGGGCGGCGGCGGCUUCCGCGGGGCCCCGGGCGGGCCGCGCCAGGCGUCCCCGCAGCACACGCCGCCGCCCUACGGGCCCCGCGCCCGGCGCGGCGCCUUCCCCGGGACCCGCUUCGGGUCGCCGCCCCCCGGGCCGCCCCCGCGCCUGGCCGGCUCCCCCGGGCCGCAGCAGCCCCUCGGCCAGGGCUCUCCGCGGACGUCCACGCCGUUCGCGUCCGGCCGUGCUCGGGACAAGAGAACGUCCGGGGACGCGGAGAGCUACUUCAAGCCCUCGAUGCUCGAAGACCCCUGGGCCGGCCUGGAGCCCGUGUCGGCGGCGGACGUGAGCCCGCAGUGCGGCAGCGCGCCGGCGUUCCCGGGCAGGAAGGGGAGAUACUUCUCCUGA